AUAUCUCGCAAUUCUCUGGCCCUACGAAAGACUGUGUACUCUUACAGAUUAAUAUCAGAAAGAAGGAAGAAAAUUGUAACUUCUUAACGAGGGAAGGAAUCCUUUGGUGAGUAGCUGUCGCUGUCAUAAGUUCGUGUGUGUCAAUGGAGAACAAUGUCUAUGUUUACAAUAUUAUAUAGACAAUGUCUGUGUUUACAUUGUUUCUGAAAGUGUUUUGUGAUGUAUAUAUGUGUCGGGGUGGUUGGGGGCUUCCAUUUGUGUACAGUAAUGUGCGUGUGUGUGUGUGUGAAAGUUUUAAAUGAACAAACGUAGAAUAAAUUUACGGCAGACGACAGUUCUCUGUCCUCUUGUCAACUAGCACUAUCCACAUCCAGAUCCAGCUUUUCACACAAACAGAAAAAAAAAAAAAAAGAAAGAAAGAAAGAAAGAAAAAAAAGAAAAGAAAGAAAUUUCGAGACGAAUUCGAUUUCAGUCAGCGUCUGCGUCUGCUAGAAAGGCAACUCCUGAGUGCUCCAUGCAUGUCAAAACCUCUCCCAGCCGCUCGCACCCGAUAGUCGCCGUCUACCGGUUGGAGGAUGAGGAUCCGAAAGCCGAUCAGUCAGUUGUCAGUGUUUUCAGAAGCAGCAGCGAGCUGUCUCCGCCUGCAACAACACAGCACGUUUUUGAGCGGUUGCCACGUCCCAAGAACCUCGGUCCACAGAGGGUCAAAAUCUAAGGACGGCAACCCUACAGAGCCAUUUGCGGCGCCCGUCGCCUGAGCUAGCGACGUGUCGUCGUCGUCGUCUGCCGCGUGCCAUAGUCGACGGCACUUUUGACCUGUCGUCUGCUUCCUCGCCGGUGUCUUCUUCUCUUCACCAUCCGUUGUCGUCGAGAACUGGGACAAACUAUCCACCUGCUCUCUUCUCCUCGUCUGAUCACGGGUGGUUCGUCCACCCGGUCGCGCUCGCCUGACCAAGCACAGCGCGCGACACUCGUUGGGUAGCCAUGGACGGGCUGGAGCAAGAGAUGGUCGGCAAGUCGGCCUUCAUGGAGCUGCAGCAACAACAGAUCCCACCCGGCAUGGCGCACCCGGCCUACCCGUCCAUUCGGGCAGGGUAUCCGACGCAGCAUCACCAGCACGAAAGUGUGUUUUCUGCUCCCCAACACGGCAGGGGCCACCUUGGCUACCCGUUUGCUGCGAUGAAUUCCAUGGGCCCACCCGGAUAUAAUGCCCUCCCACAUUUUCCUAUGUCGCCGUACCAGACUCCAUCGCCACCAAGAGAUGACAAAAGUCAAGUGGAGGAGCAGCUUAGAAUCAAUGGCAAGGGGAAAAAGAUGCGAAAACCGCGGACCAUAUACUCCAGUCUCCAACUCCAGCAGCUGAACAGACGCUUCCAGAGGACGCAGUACCUGGCUCUUCCCGAGCGCGCGGAGCUGGCGGCGUCCCUCGGACUCACCCAGACCCAGGUUAAGAUAUGGUUUCAAAACCGUCGCUCCAAGUACAAGAAAAUAAUGAAGCAAGGCGGCACCCCACCCGGAAGCGUCGGUCAGCCAGGACCCGGGGGCCAGCCCUCCAACCCUCCACUUCCUCCCAACUCUCCGACCCUGCAGCACACGCCACCACAGCACCAGGGGCCCCCAGCUCCGCCCCCUCCAAACCAGCAGCAACAGCCGGGACAGUCACCCCAGGGAGACAUGCACCCCCAACAGCCGGGCACUCCCCACCAGCAACAUCAGCCGUCCGUGUGCCCUCCGCCGGGCUCCAGCGCCGGAAAUCACGUCAGCCAGUCCAGCGGCUCCAUGAUGCCGGUGUCGUCGUCCUCCCUGAGUCCGCAGCCGGCGUGCACGUGGUCCGACAUGCACGUGCAGCAGAACGCUGCGGCUGUCAACUCCUACAUGUCUCACUACUCCUGGUACACACAGGGCUCCAUGCCCACCAGCAGUCGCUGCUGACGUAAUCUCACUUCCGGUGUCCUGAGACUUUUUUUUGGGUAUCAAUCCAUGAGAAACGGACCGACACUGCGAUGUACAGAUAAAUAUAUAUAAGUAAUAAAUUUAAGUAUAAAUAGAAAUGUCAUACACAAGGACUUUUUGCAUCGCAACAAGUUUCUCGGACAAAAAGAGUCUUCUCGCACUGUCGCGCACGCGCGAGAGUUUGUGACGUCAACGGCCGGCGAUGUAAGUAUCGCCACCUACCCAUACUUGGCUUCAGACUGGACACGUCCAUUCCACUGAAAUUUCAGAAGAAUUUUAUUCGGUUAUGUCCGACUGGAUGGUACCAUCGACACAGUCAUUGCCUUGUGAGCAAGGAAGGUUAGGAAGCCCUAGGGACCUGAAGAAAAACUGUUUUUGCUGCGAACUAACCUCAGACGGGUGACAAGUGGAGUGCUGACGCAUCUGUGGGUUUUUCCGUUCUUGGACCCCAUUUGAACUUACCUUGCCAGGGCUUGGCAAGUUUUCAAGACUGCUUGUGGACAUAUUAUGUCACUCUUUAUUAUUAAUAAAUAAAACUCAUUAUGGUCCUGUAUAGGACCUACUGUCCGUUGUCCUUCCCACCUAUCUGUAAUGUCCAACCAAAGCUGAUUAUGGAAGAUUAUUCAUAUUUUCUGACGGACAUAGGUUCACAGUCCCCGACCGCCAGACAAGUCUCCAUUUCCCCCGACAACCCCACAACCACCAUUUCCAAGUCACUGACAGUUACGGAAUCAGUAACAUUUUUGUUUAUUCCAAAAAGAAGGUGAACAAGUGAGGAUGACAUUUGGUAAUGACCUCAUGUCAUUUCUGCUUACUGUGUAAGAACAAGUAACUUGACAUCACAGAGUUCGCUAAUAUUAUAUGUCAAAGUUCAAACCGUUGGUCAUAAUAUACGUAACAUUUUCUGAUUAAAGUAGGAUAGGGGAGAAGUUAACCUGCACAACUAUACUGUUUGAAAAGACAAGAGAAGUCCAUGACCACACUUCUCAGACAUCAAAGGGAAGUAGUGGUUCGUUACCUGAGUUUGAGGGUUGGGGUGGGGAGUCUCCUGUCUUUAUCUACCUUGCCCGUUCUUUCCUCCCAAACCUACUGGUUUUGUAGCCAAUGGUAAUAAAUUGUUCAUUCUUUAAAGACUAGGGAAAGGGGCGAACAUUAUUUUAAUGACUGGAUAAAAUCGUAUCAAAUCAUUCCCAAGUUCUCCUAUUGGCUGAGGCCUUUCAAAGCAAGGAGUAUACUCUAACCUACAGUCCUGAUGUCUUUCUUAGCAUGGGGAUGUUUGAAAACGUGUAAUUUGAGAAUGGAAAGAAGAUCUAUCAUCUAGAUAUAAGGAAAUAACAUCUCGUAUUGAGCUUUACCCUUUCAUUUAAAAAAAAAAGUGUACCCUAAUUAGCUUUAAGUUUACUUCCUACAAAAAAAAAUCGCGACUUUAGCCAAUCAAAAAGUGAAGAGAAAUAAAGAAGUUAAAUAACGGGUGGAAAUAUGUCAGCCAACACCUUCGCUUCAAAGAACAGAAAACAGAGCCCAGAGCCGUUAAAACCGUUACAUUCAUGACCCGAUUUCUCGAAGUUUCGACCUAGGCCUGGGUAAUGGACAGGGAUUUUAGGUCAUGUGACUUCCUUUCUUUCCCCCUCCCCGUCAAGUCGGGUGACCCUCGACCUUUCGCUACUGUUUGUCAAUACUCAUUGUAAAAUUAUUGAAAUGAAAGAAGGCAUGUGUUUGUGUGUGUGUGAAGGUGGUGGGUGCGAGUGUUUGUAUCGUGUGUUCAUGCAUUCAGAGAUGCGAUGUGUUUUCUGUCAGAGAAAUGCCUGCGUUAGUAAAAUUCAGGCUCGUGCAUUUUCAUUGUCCUGCAUGCUGUUCCCCUUGUUCACUCUCUGCUAAUUAGUUUGCAUUUUCAAAUUACUGUAUGUUGCUCAAUAAUGUCUAGCAAAUUUUUUUCUUGGAAUUUUUGCUGUUGAUGGAAGUUUAUGUUAGCAUCUCUUCUAUUCCAAGUGUGCUAAACCUGGAAGUUUGCAAAAAGCCUGGCGGGUUCACAAUAAACCUUGUGAUUUUACAAUUACAAUUAAUUUACAUUCCGUGGGGCAGAACACUGGUGACUAGCAUCUGAAAACAAAGGCUUUGUACAAAAUGUGGAGAGAGAAAGCUGCAAAGAAAAACAUUUUAAUAAUGUUUGCCGGAAAGUUUGAGAAGCUCGAAUUUGUUCGUUGCCUUCUGGAACUUAUUUUCAUGACCUGCUGUUAACUUUUAUUUAUUAUUAUUCAAUAGAGAAAAACAACUUAAAACUGACCUACCUUUCCUUCCUGGGACAUCGUCAGCUUAAUUGGUUGAUUGCUUAUUUUCAUUAUGUGUUUAUCAGGUAAUAGUUGGGGAGGUUUUUUUUUAUUUUUGUUUGUUUUGCUUCUGUUUUAGCUUUCAUUGCAAGAUUCUGAGCAGGUUCUGUUGGGGUUGAUCCUUUUUUUGGGUUUAAUCAAGGCCGGAAGUCUAGUUAAAACUAGAGUGGUCAGGUGGUCUACUGUUUGAGUUGGAUCCACGGUUUGUCCAUUCAUCUGCUCAGAGUGUAAACAGUCAUCUGUGGUAGGACUGCUUGAUAAUCUGCUUGCUCAAUCAGCCAAAUGUUCUUCAGGGGCAAUUUUUUUUUCUUCUUCUUCUUCAUGUCACACUUUUUCUUCAACUCAUGCUGGUCCUUUCGACUGGAAUCUCAAUUUGCGUCAACGUGCAUGCAGCAGCGCCCUCUCCAGGCCAUCCCCAUCUGGUUCUGCCCGCGGCGUGUUUACACAAGGUUCGCGCUAUUGAUCAAGAACAGAGCGUUUCAAGACGAGGGAAAUCGAACAACCAGUGUUGGCAGUGCAAGUGAAAUGAAGCGUGACAGGUCCCAGGUGUGUCAAGGUGGAAACACUAGGCGGCGCCCACCUGUACAUUCUUUCCAGUCAGAAAGCUCACGCCUGAGAGAUUUUUUUAAUAAAAAAACCUUAGCCAAAAAAAAAGAAAUCAAGUUCACCCGCGCUGCUCUUCUCUCAGAUCGAUAUAUUUAUGUUUAGAAUUUUUCUUCAGACCUGCUAAUUGUUUUAGUAAUUUUUUUUUCAUCAUAACGAUUGCUUUAGACCUGUUUUCACAGGUCAAUGAAUCGCUUCGCGUCGGCUGUCAAAGGAACUUUUUUGAUUGGAUUGAAUUUGACAAAUAGUUUUAGUUCGAGCUUUUUUUUUUUUUUUUUUUUUUGAACAGUUUUUUUUGAAACUGGUUAAUUAAUCAUUAAACCCCCUCAUGAGAUGGUGAUGGAUCAUGUAGCCGACCUGACCAUAUAAAGAUAUUCCCUGGUGUGUAAAAUAUUCUCGAAUGGUAAGCUGGGUGCAAUAAUUCCUAAACGGCUCAUCCUCAUAGAAAUCUUGAGACACAAACUUUAUAUAUGUAUAACUGAAAUGUCUUUGAUUAUAUACCAAACAGAUGUUUCAGUUCUGGUUUCUGCGUAGCUCUGUGUCCGGCAUUUUGGCUUGAAACUUUCAUGUUGAUGUCCCGGAGAAUGUAGAAGAUGUGAGUCUGUGACGCCUUGUGUAAGCUCGCUCUUUGUGUUGUUUCCAGAGGCGUGUGCAACAAUGUAAAUAGAAAACUGUUGUGUUCAUAUUCUUCAAGUGAACAAAGAAAAAAAAUUGGUGAAAUCAA